GCCCGAAGAAAAUAGGAAAGUAAUAAUAAUGAGCAAACACAACACCAAAUAUUGUAAAGAAAGAUAACGAUUCAAACAAGGUGCGAGAGAAUGGUACUGUGGGAGAUCACUUUGGCGACAGCCUAUUUCUUGGGGCUAAAACGGACUCACAGACUCGCUUUGAAGAUUCAGCGUCGCAUUAUAAGCCACAAGCAUCCUAAAAUACGCCAGUUUGCUCACAGACAGACACGUGCUGUAUUUGAUGUUGCACUAAAGUUUCACCAGAAGAUACAAGAGAGGAAAAUAGAUUUUGGUCGAAAUCUAGGUAAUGGAAUUCUGCGAUGGCUUGACCGAAUGAAGCCUUCUGCUCAAAUCUGUGGUCCAUCAGAUAAACCCAUACAGAGUUCUGGUCCAAUCAUGAACUUGACCAACCGAGCAAUGAAAUUUUCCAAGCAAAAAACUAAUGGGAUGAGUACAUCUAGAAACCAGGAUUCAUACAGACAUUUAUGUACCUCAUUAAUAAAUUUAAGACCUAAACCCUUUCCUUCAAUUGCAAUGAUGUUGCGACCACCAAGGAUGGCUGGGACCAUAACCCAGUAUAGGCAUCUCUACAACAGUGGGUCUGAUAUGUUGAUGUCGAAAUACAAAAGAGAUGGGUUUGAUGUAGUUAUUCGGAAGGAUAUAAUGCAGUGGAUGCUGCAAAAAUAAAGGUAGAAUGCUCACGUUUGUUUGUUUUAUUGGACUUCAUUUCUGAGAUUCAUCUAAGAUAGAUUUGGUUUGAUGCUGUAUAAUCAAAGGACUGCUUGCUGUUGAAAUUAACAAAUCCAAGGCUCAAGCAUUUUUGUUGCGCUGUGGCGCUCAUGUACCAUAAAAUAAAUAAAGUUCCCCUUGAUUUUCUGGCUUUUAA